CGCAAGUCAGCAACUCCUCGCUCAGUCCCAACCGAUUCCGACUCCGGAAGCUCCCUGCGUCCCAAGUCCCCAACCGAUUGUCCGAUUCCGAAGCCAGAAGCUCCCUGCGUCCCCUGCGGCUGCGGCCUCCCUCUCCCUGCCGAGUGCCGACCUGCGUCCCUGCGAGCUGCGGCCGAAGUCCGAACUGCCGAAGCGGCGAAGCCCAAGGUAGUGAAGGAUGAAAAUAUAUUUUGACGUUGUACCCAAAUUUAAAGAAACUCAAAGUACCGGGAGUAGUUCGGGUGUUAAUUCAAAUGAUCCGCCAUUAGUAAAUGAAGAAUUGGAUCAAGUAAUUGCUGAAAGUGAAGCUAAUUUGGCUUAUAAUCUACCUGAACAACAUGAGGAUUUUGAAUCUUUGGAAGCUGAUCCUGGAUUGAGAAAAAGAAUUGUUGAUUUUCACCCUAAUGUUCAAGACGAGACCUUUCAAUUGAAAUGGUUUCCACGAAGAAGCAUCUCACAUAUCAGCACGUGUAUACACUUAUUAA